GUGGCGUCACAUCCGGUCAGGGCGGAAGUCCUCCCCUGGCCCACCGGGAAGUAGCUGAAGACAGGACGAUGGCAGUUCUGGAGGCCUCCCUCCAGGGCAGCCCGGAGGCCGUAGUGCCCCCGCGGUAGACCGGACCAGGGUGGCGGGCUCCGGACUCCGAGGGAUGGAGGGAUCUAAGACGUCCAGCAGCACCAUGCAGGUGAGCUUCGUGUGCCAGCGCUGCAGCCAGCCCCUAAAACUGGACACGAGCUUCAAGAUCCUGGACCGUGUCACCAUCCAGGAGCUCACAGCUCCAUUACUUGCCACAGCCCAGGUGAAAUCAGGAGAGACCCAGGAGGAAGAGGGUAACUCAGGAGAGGAGCCAUUUAUUGAAACUCGUCAGGAUGGUGUCUCUCGCAGAUUCAUCCCCCCAGCCAGUCUGUCCAGGCCAACCUUCGUGCUGAGUGCCCCUGUGGAAGACCAGCAUGGCCUUCCCUUGGGAGAGAGGAUGAUGUCUACGGAAAGUGCCAACAGCUUCACUCUGAUUGGGGAGGCAUCUGAUGGCGGAACCAUGGAGAACCUCAGCCGAAGAUUCCAGGUAACUGGGGACCUUUUUGACAUCAUGUCAGGCCAGACAGAUGUGGAUCACCCACUGUGUGAGGAAUGCACAGAUACUCUGUUAGACCAGCUGGACACUCAGCUCAACGUCACUGAAAAUGAGUGUCAGAACUACAAGCGCUGUUUGGAGAUCUUAGAGCAAAUGACUGAGGAUGACAGUGAACAGCUACAGAUGGAGCUAAAGGAGCUGGCAUUAGAGGAGGAGAGGCUGAUUCAGGAGCUGGAAGAUGUGGAAAAGAACCGUAAACUCGUGGCAGAAAAUCUCGAAAAGGUCCAGGCUGAAGCUGAGAGACUGGAUCAGGAGGAGGCUCAGUAUCAGAGGGAAUACAGUGAAUUUAAACGACAACAGCUGGAACUGGAUGAUGAGCUGAAGAGUGUAGAAAACCAGAUGCGUUAUGCCCAGAUGCAGCUGGACAAGCUGAAGAAAACCAACGUCUUUAAUGCAACCUUCCACAUUUGGCAUAGUGGACAAUUUGGCACAAUUAAUAACUUCAGACUGGGUCGCUUGCCCAGUGUUCCUGUGGAAUGGAAUGAGAUUAAUGCUGCUUGGGGCCAGACAGUUUUGCUGCUCCAUGCCCUGGCCAAUAAGAUGGGUCUGAAAUUUCAGAGGUAUCGACUUGUUCCCUAUGGAAACCAUUCUUACCUGGAGUCUCUGACAGACAAAUCUAAGGAGCUGCCAUUAUACUGUUCUGGGGGGUUGCGGUUUUUCUGGGACAACAAGUUUGAUCAUGCCAUGGUGGCUUUCCUGGACUGUGUGCAGCAGUUCAAAGAAGAGGUUGAGAAAGGCGAGACACGAUUUUGUCUUCCUUACAGGAUGGAUGUGGAAAAAGGCAAGAUUGAAGACACAGGAGGCAGCGGCGGCUCCUAUUCCAUCAAAACCCAGUUUAACUCUGAGGAACAGUGGACAAAAGCUCUCAAGUUCAUGCUGACGAAUCUUAAGUGGGGUCUUGCUUGGGUGUCCUCACAGUUUUAUAAUAAAUGACUUUCUGUUUUCCUUAGCGGGAUGUUUGCCUUAAAGGCUUUAAAUUUUGUUUUCUUUGAAAAGUUUUAAAUUAACUUUGGGUAUUAUUAAACACAUGUUUACAAUACCAAAAAGAAAAAAAAAGAAAAAAUCUACAAAAGCCACUUUAUUGUAAAA